AGUUGUCUAGUGUGUUUUCGAGACGAGCAGAAAAUUCACAGCACGUGUCUUGCGGCAGUUUUCGCGAAAUAACAGAUUUAAAUGCAUUUAAAAGCAGAAAACUGCAUUAAAAAUAAACAAAUAGAAAAUCGAUUUGAACUUAAAUCUUGAAUACAAUAGAGUGCAAAAUGUCUCGCGUACUACGCCGCAAACACGUGUUGAAAGAAAUGAUGGAGGACGACUUCGAGCUGCCCACGGAGAAACAGCAAAUAGUGCGUGUCGUCAGCAGUCGUGGCAAUAAUCUGCACGAAGUGGAAACUGCCACAGCGGACGAGGAACAUUUCCUAGCUUCCAUGCCUAAUAAGUUUCGUAAGAACGUGUGGGUCAAGCGUGGUAAUUAUGUGCUGGUGGAGCCCAUCGAAGAGGGCGAUAAAGUCAAGGCGGAAAUUUGCAAAAUUCUUAGCGCUGAGCAUGUAAAGGAAUAUAUAAAAGCUGGUAUAUGGCCAAAACAAUUUAGUAAAAAGCGUGAACACGAAGAAGUGGAUGUGGAUAGCGACGAAGAGGCGAAUGUUGAUUUGUCCUUAAUGAGAAAUCGCAAUAGACCAGCGCUGGCGGAAGUCGAUAGUGAUGAGGAAGACGAUAAUAGUACAAGUGAUGAGGAAUAAUGCGUACAAGCUUCGCAGUCAUCAGCGGCGCUAGGGUAAACAUACAUAUAAGGCGAGUUUAGGUGCUGUUUCGCUAUUUUAUUUUGAAUGUUCAGCCUGGAGGAUUAGCAGCAAGAAAAUUGUAUGCUGCUGAUUUUUAAAACAGUCGAUCCGUCUGUUAAAUUGAGUAAGCCUUGUUUUUAGUAUUCACAAGUUUUUAUUAAGCAAAUUUAGCGUUGGAAUAACCAGUUGAGAAAGUAUGUAUUUUGGUUAAGUCCUUAUGAAAUUACGAUUACACAAAUGGGAAAAAAACUUCGAAAAUCCAUUGACUCCGUUGACCGCUUGAGGUACAUUUCGUUGCUUUUAUAUAGAGGGCCCUAACUCACAUCGUCGCGGAAAUGCGAAAAA